AUGAGAUCACAGAGAUCAUAAACACCCUAACAAAGAUAAUUCUCUUAGGAGAGACUUACUGGACGUCAGUAUCAACCUAAGAAUUCAUUUCAAAAUAAUUAGCCUAGAAAUAAUAAUCAACAGAGCUAUCAAGGCAGACAGUAGCAAAGGCCAUUGGAUGCAGUUAGCAUGUACAAAUCAGUGCAUGAUCCAAGCAAAAUCUAAGUGAUCACAUAAUCUAGCGAGUUUCUGGACUCUCCCGACAAGAUCACUUCAAUGACAAAAGAAUUUGACAUUAUUAAUGUGAGAGCAGAUGAGUGCAAGAUUGAUAGAAGCAUCAUGGUCCUCGACCUAUCCCUGAAUGUCAAGGGAGUUGAUGAGGACGAAGCUUUUGCCAAAGAUGCUUAUCUUUGGCUUAAUUUCAGAAGAGGCAAUACUAUUCUAGAGCUGUACGAUCCUAAUGAUAUUACUGUACUUAUUGCAAGAACUGUAGGGAGAAAGGGUAUUAACAAGUUCUUUGAUCUUUAAUACAAGUUUAUAAACAAGGAAUCAAGGUAUAGAGAGGAUAUUUUGGAUUAAUUUAGCAAAGAUCAAAAGAAUCACAUCUUAGCAGCACCUAGAAAAGCGAUACUUGAGGGACAUAAAGUUGAGGUUAUCAAGACUUUAAAGGUUAAUGGUGAGAAUUGCCAAGUAUCUUGGAAUCCCGAAGCUGAAUGCUGGCUUAUAUGCUCUAAAAAUGUAUCCCUAUUAGCAAGAGACAAUGAAGAUAUCAAUAAAUACCCUAUUAAAGCUAAAAGAUAUACUUUCGCAGCAGUGAUGGCAGAAUGCUGGUUCAAAAUGAUUGAGGGGUUUAGCAAAAAAGAGCUAAAUGACUUGAAGAAUGAUAUGAGAAAUACAACAUGGAUUGGUGAGUAUGUUGGCAAUCCUUUAUGCUAACAUUUAGUUAGAUAUCCCUUUGAGACUAUAGUCUUUUAUGCCAUAGUAGAAAAUAACUCUAGGAAAUUAUGCAAACUGCCAGAAGAAUCAAUGCGCAUAUUCAAAAAAUACAACUUCAAUGUGGUUUUUACUCAUUCAAUAGGAGCAUACUCGGAUUAUGAUAAAAUGUGUGAUGAUCUGCAAAAGGAAUUUGAAAACGUUGCUUCAUAAUCAAUUCAAAAUGAAGAAGAAGGAUCUGUAUUGUACUUUGUCGUAAGAGAUAGAGAGGAAUCAAAGUAUGACGAGGUACUUUCGUUGUCAAAACUCAAAACCUUAGAGUAUAGGCUUUUCAGAAAAAUGAGAGAAAAACUUAGAAAUUUCGUUGUAAAAAAUAACUAUGAUUACAUUGAGUUUACAAAGGAGAAGUUUGUGAAAGAGGCUAGAGAUUUAUGUAAGGGUUUUAAGUAACCCCAUCCUUUAGAUUUCUAUAUCGAUAUAUUCUUCCAGGCAUUUAAUCUUAUCAGCAAAGGUCCUAGAUAGGACUAAAAUUACUUCAAAGAUCUUCUUUUGAACUAGUACAUCAAUUUCCUAGAUGAUGUCUUGAAUGUAUUUGAGGAACAGAAUAGAUCUCACGGCAAUAGAAAAUACACUGGGAAGGUGAACUUCAUGUCGAUCAUCCUCGACAAUCAAUUAGAUAUCAAUUACGCAGGUUACUAAGCUCCAAGAUACAAACCUAAGCAUCAACCAUCUGGCUCAAUUUAAAAACCCAAAUAGCCAGAGACUAGUGACCUAGGCAAAAGCAUUGUGCUGAUUAUCCCUCCAUUCGGUAUUGAAUCUGAUGCAGUUAUAUCUCUAAAGAAUGAUUUCAAGGACUAGCUAGUUGAAACUGAUCAUCUAGAAAGAAAGUAUUUACUGAAGUCUAAUGGAAGGGGCAAACUUAAUUUUGUCCUCUUAACUUCCUUGAAUGGCUUGGAAAAUGGGUUGAUUACUCAGAGAGAUGAUGUGCAUUAUUUCUUGUUCAGACAUGAUCACGACUUCCUAGAUAAAACAGUGCAUAAGCACUUCAAGUCUACUAUCAGAGAUAUCAGAAAGCAUCCUUAGCAAAACCCACCCUAUUACUCUGAUACACUAAGUCAAGGUUAAACGCAAAUUGAAUUCAAGCAGUACAUCGACUCUUAGGUUAAAAUUCUAACUAAAUUGCUUGAAAAAUCAAAAAAUUCACCCUAUCUUUAUUAGAACUACGAAAGUGAGGCAUAGCUUAUGAAGGCAAUAGUUAAGCUGAGAGAUGAAUUUACUCCUACGCAAAGUGAAGCUAUAAAAUCAUAGUAAAAUGAUGUAUAGAAAAAUGAGGAGAUCGUACAGCCAAAGCCAGAGUAAUAGCAGUAGCAAUCAAUCAGAAAAGUGGUAAUUGUGGAAUAGUAGCAGCAGUAAGUGAAGCUUAGCUCUGCAUUAAAGAAGACUGAUGGAACUGGAAAGAAAAGUCACAGAGAGGAGGAAAAGGAAGAGAAGCAUGUGAAGAUUAAUGAUGUGCCUCAAGUAUCACUUAUUAAAAAGGAGGAGGACAUUGUCACUAGUGUUCCUAGCAAGAACACAGCAGUAUAUAGGAAAAAGGAACCUGUUUAAAACUUGGAUUCUGAAGUUAAUUCAAAUGGAAAGAGGCAGUCACCGAAUCCAUUAAUCAUAUCUAAGGGCUCGAAGAAAAAGAUUGCUGUUCUUUUGCCCAUGGGUAUUCCAGGCAUGGGUAAAACUACUUUUAUCAAGAAUUACCUUAGAAAAUUCUUUGAAGUGACCAACGAAUGCAACUUUGUAAUAAUAUCUAAUGACGAGAUUAGGAAAGGCUUAAUAAAUGACUAUUUGAAAUAGAAUCCUCAUAAAACUUCGAGAGAUGCCUUUGACAGCACAAUGAAGAGCACUGCUCAGGUAUUUAACCAAGCCUUGACACAAAGAAUCUAAGAUGCAGCUAACGAUACCAAGAACAACAUAUAUGUGAUCUGCCUUGAUAAAAACCAUCCCCCUCCAAUUAUAUAGAAAACAGUGGAUGUUAUUGAGAGUGCUCUUAGCUAGCAAUAGAGAGAGAAAAUAGACUUGAUGAAGAUUGCCUUGGUACCGAAUCAACCAAACCCUCAUCGCGGCUUUCCAUUCUCUCUGAGUCUGCUAGUACAGUGCUACCAGAGAUGUCUUGAUCGUUCAAAUCAUGACACCCUGACUAACGAAGACCCCAAUCACUUGGCAAGAGUGCUGUUCCUAUUCUAUAAGCAGUAUCAAACUCAGAAGUUCGACAACCAGUUCUUAAGAGAUCACAAUUUAGAUCAGUUUAUGAAAGUACCUUUCACUCUUGAGCACUAAGAUCUUGAGCUACCUAAUAAUCUAUAUAGAAAUGUUGAGCAAUGCUUAGAACACACUACUAAUCAAUUGCCUUUACCCCAUCCAGUGUUUGAUAAAUUUGUGCAUUUAAGUCAGAUCUAUAAGGUUUUCUUCAAGGGACAAACAGGCGAGGAGUCUAAAUUGGAGAAAUAUCUUGAGGAGAAUUUCAGCAACCUUUUCCAAUAGGAUAUCAGUCCAAAGGUAAGGAAGCAAGUCAAGCCAAGAUAGCAAGACUAAGAUGCAAAUCGCAAGUACUCUCAAACUAUGAUCAUUGAAGAACAGUUGACUGAAGUUAUACAGAACUAACCUUCUUAUUAAGCUAAGAGAAGUAGUAAUUCUAAUCUGUCGUAACUUGUGGAUUAAAAAUGGAUUGCUGAAUCAGAGACUAAAGCCAAUACACAGUCAAUUGAGAAUACUAGCAUUAGGCAAGUGGAAGAAGUGUCUGAUAAUCAAGAACAGGUGCACUCUCUAUUCAAUCAAGCAGAAACCAAGUAUCCUCAUAAUAACACUCAGCAAUAAACUAAAAAAGAACGAACAAGCAGCAAACCUAAGCCAAAAGCAAAGUAGCAAAUUGAAUAGAAACAAUAGCAGUAGACUAAGUCUCAUGAUCAAGGGACAUUUACUGCUUAUAAACCAAGAUUAGUGCAAAAAGAGACUGAUCUGCCUUUCGAAGAAGCUCAAUCAUUCAGGACAGUAACUAAGGUCAAAGUCACUAGAGAUGAUUACUCUGAUGAUGAAAAUGAUUAGAGAGUACCCAUCUAUCUAGGUAUCAUGUUACAUCACAGUAGCUACCUAAGAUAAGGUCUGAAGGAUAUCAUCAUGGACUGUUGCUAGAGAAUUUUAAAUUUCGAAGCCAUUAAUCAGACAAAGUAGCUCCUUACUAGUAUGCAAGAGUUGUUUGAGCAGAACAAGACUAAAUCAUCAGAUGGCUGGACAAUCAUUCCAGAUAUGCACGUGACUACCUAUUUCAUGAACAGAGCAGAGGAUAAGAAGGAUAGCCACUUUUAUGAAGAUUUCGUUGAGAACCAAGAAGUUGAGGUGGAAAUUAUGGCUGUGUUGAUUGUGCCUGGCAAGAUAAUGACUGGAGUAUGCUUCCCAGAUCACCCUGUAGAAAACAGAUGUCCUCAUAUAACACUCCUAAAGAACAUCUGGCCUCCUAAGAACUCUAAUGACUUGCUCAAUGAGACCUGCUUUAACUAGAAGGGAGCAUUUAAGGUUGCUUAUGAUUAACUAAAGAGUGAAGGCAAGGUUGCUAAGGAUCUUGAGCUUAUCAAAGCCAACUCAGUCAGAUUAGAUAAAAAUGCACCCUCUACCUCCUGCUACUUCCUAGCUCUACCUGAGCCACUAUGCAUCAAGGGUCUAACUAAAAAGGUAUAUAACUGA